AUGGCGCGCGGUACCAGAAUGAUGCUCGUGGACGAUGAUGGUGAGCUGCUGAACGUGGACAACGCUGGCGAUGUCCGCGCCGAACAACAAAUAGCACUUCAGAGGAGUCAGGACGCCCAAUACGUACAUAAUGGUUCUGUAUCUACCCUUCACAGGUGUGAGACAAUCGAUGCUAAAAAGCUGUGCAUUUACGAUUUAGACUGUAAAAUCAAAAUAACCAAUGAAUAUGAUAUUGGGGGAACAUAUACUGGGGAAGAGCCAGAUUUGUGGUUUUACUUUACGACUUCUGUGUGUCCGGGAAACAAUUAUCUGUUAAAUUUGUUUGUGUGCCAUAGAAAAAUUGGCAACUUCUCAAUCGGCGUCAGCAAUUCGAACGAGUACAAAGUCAGAGACCGACCUGCAGAUAUAUCGGGCUGGACUAUACUACCUAGAACUCUCACGUGGUACACAUUCAAAAGUGCGGCGCCCAAUGAAAACUAUCAUAUCAAAACAUUUUGCUUCGCAGAGAAAGAUGUGACAUACUUUCACAAUAACAUAGUGUUUAUUCCUAUAUCGAUCGUUCUCAAUGCUAGUCAUUCGCUCAAUAGUGAUAUAAUAAAAUCUAUCAAACUAAAACACGACCACAGUAGUGUGUUAAAUAAACAGGAGCAUACUGAUUUUGUUUUGGAAUCGGCUACUACAAAUAAAUUUCCCACGCAUAGAAUAAUUCUAGCCGCUCACAGUCCGGUUUUGAGGAGUCUGAUUAAAGAUUCGAAAGUUACCUCCAUGUCGUUGGAUAUUAGCGACAGCGACAUGACUAUUCUUUUGGAAUUCUUGUACUCUGGCACUAUAAAUGAUAUAUUAAACCAAGAUUGUGACACUUUACUUAAACUCGCCGAUAAAUUUCAACUGAGUAAUUUGUUUUUGAUUGCGGAGCUCGUGACCGCAGAACAUAUCAAUGUAGAGAAUGCCGUGGAUAUUGCUCUUUUGGCACAAAGAUAUAAACUGCAGAAUCUGCGUCACAAAGUACUAAGUUUUAUUAAAAACAACCCUAAGGUAAUGCAAACUGAUGGUUGGGCGAAACUAAAGGACGUGAAUCUGAUUAAACAGCUGGUCGAGCACAUAUACAGCGGAUCCGUCGAAUGACCUCCCCGGUUCACUAACUGCAGGAUCACAUAAUGAGUUAUCACUUACGAGAACAAUUUUAUUGAAUAUAUACGAAAUUGGGCACAUGUGUUAAAAGGCUCACAUAUAAUG